GAGAGUUGAGCCCAGCGUCUUCGAGCGCAGAAUGGGCAACAGUGAACUCUCGUAUUACCUUCCAUCUCGCGCGGAUGGUGUCAAUGACAUGUACUUGCACAUUGGAUUUAAUGCGCCAGAUCGGUUCUUGGAUCCUUCUCGGGUCUGCGCCGUGUGGGCAAUUUUACGCCUCCGACAUCCAGCGCUCGCAUCACGGGUACACAUGCACUCGUACGAUGAUAUCAGAUUUGUGCUUACUCCGCCUCGGUGUCCAGAGGACGCGCUCGAGCGCGCCAGUGCUAGCCUCGAAUACAAGCACGGCGUGUCCAAAGACGCUGUCAUUGACGAAUACUUGAAUGGACCCCGUACGCUAUCCAAUGAGAGGCUCUCGUAUCUCAUCGUCUCACAGCCUCAUAUCCCCCUCCCGAGUCCAUCUUCUACACUACCAGAGAGCGCCGAAGACGACUCGCGACCCAUGAAGUCACAUUAUGAUAUCCUUUUCUGCGCGAUGCACUAUCUGGGAGAUGGUAUGGCCUUGCACCAGUUUGCAAAUGACUUCUUCAAACUAUUAGGGGGCUCGCACACGCAGCCUCAACUCGACACAUUACUAUGCGAAGAAUGGCAGGCAUGUUGGGCAAAAGCUCAUGUAGAGGGUGCCGUAUUCGCAAAUGCUAUGGAGGACAGGCUUGGUCAGAUCACCGCGAAUGUCAGAUUCAAACAUGCAGUCGCCAGAAUUGACUUCCGGAACGAUCAAAACAAGCUCAUUGGUGGGCAAUCGUUCCCCCGACCCUCAGCCAAGCGUCCUCGACACACCAUCGUACCUACGAAGUCAUAUGAUGCCGAAACAACGAAGAAGGUUCUGAAACGCUGCAAAGCUAACAGUGUUUCCAUUUCCGCUGCGUUAUUCUCAAUAUGUAACUUGGCUUGGGCGCGUCUCUCCCCGAAAAGUCCGGAACUGCCAAUGAUGAUGUAUUCUGCUCUAAACUUGCGACCAUAUCUCGAGAAGAGAUCUCUUCAUGAUUCUUACUGGUUUCUAGCCAUUGGUUACUUCAAUGUCAUACUGCCGACAUUCGUUCCGAAGGGGUCACCCGCAGCCACCUUCUGGCUUCGGGCACAUUGUGCCAAGGAGCAAAGUUCUCGCGCUGUAAAAAGUAAGAUGGUUGUAUACCGCAGUCGCCUGAUGGCAGAAGAACGAGCCCGACGGGCGAAAGCUUGGGGGAAGGAAGACGACGAAAAGGAGAAUGGGACUCGGGUCGGCCCGCCUCCUAUCCCUCGAUCCCCACCCGCAAAGCCACCUUCUGGUGCAUGCAUGGGGCUCUCAUUGCUCGGGAACUUGGACGGUAUCUAUCAACAUGGCGAGUUCGCUGACGUUGGGCUUCACACUUUGACCACUGGGUCGCGUCAACGCCAGGGGGGGAUGUUGCUCUUCGGCUAUACCUUUGCAGGCAAGCUAUGGAUCAGCUUCGGGUAUGACGAACAUGGCUUUGACGAGACGGCGUCGAAGUUCUGGGACAAUGUGCUCAAGGUCACAGACGAGUUCUUGAUUGCGUGAAGAUUCCGUGUGUUUCAUUAUCUAACGGAUAUGUACGGAUCUUGUGCGCGUGGACAUUUCUGCGAUGAUUUUUAGGACGCUGCUUAUUUUCUUGAGUUUAAUAACCUUAACACGG